AUCCUCAUUUCUUCCCACACCUCCGACAUAUAAAUAUAUGCAUGAUGUAGUAAGUUUGAGAUUCAGUAGCUAAAAAGGCUUUUAGAGAAGUACUCGAACCUCAACCUGUCAGAUAACUUGAAUCAACUUUGGAUUAAACUUGAACAUUACAUACUUACAUAAUAGUAACAAAUAAAGUAUGCAACGGUCGCUGUCACAUGACGAGGUGACGCUGGGCUCAGUCCGCAAAAACUCAACCGGCUCGUGCCAAAGUCCGCGUGCUCUUUCACUGGACCCUGCUGUCAACUGCAGAUCGCCUCUGCUUGUAUACCAGAAAUCAUGGAGAUCCCAGUGUUCGUUCUGGAUGCCUUCACAAAUGUAGCCUUCAAAGGGAAUCCCGCGGCUGUCUGUCCACUAAUGCAAGAGCUGGAUGACAGUUUGUAUCAGAAGAUAGCAGCAGAGAUGAACCUCUCAGAAACAGCUUUCAUCACAAGGACCAACCCCUCUGACACGUUUGCUACUGGAUCAAAGUUCCACCUCAGAUGGUUCACUCCAACAACUGAAGUGAAUCUUUGUGGUCACGCAACUCUGGCUUCUGCAGCGGCGCUGUUCCUCUUUGAGAAGAACAUAAAUUCGACUCUGAUGUUUGAGACCAGGAGUGGACUUCUGGCCGUCACCCAGCAGAAGGAUGGAUACCUCAUGGACUUUCCUCUCAAUCCACCUACCAAACAGGAGCCUAAUGAGUUCACAGAUCUUGUUCAGGCAGCUGUUGGAAACAAUCCAGUUCAGGAUGUAGUGUUGAGCUCUGUAACCAAAAAGCUGAUGAUUCGGCUGGCUGACAGCUGUGACAGGUCAGUGCUAACCAAUCUCAAAGUGGACCCUGUUGCUCUUCUGAACGCUGACAACAGCGGAAGAGUCAAAUCACUACUCAUCACCAUGAAAGGAUCACCAGAAAGUCAACCUGGCUAUGACUUCUACUCCAGAGUUUUUGCUCCAUGGUCUGGUAUCCCAGAGGAUCCUGUAACCGGAUCAGCCCACACUGUUCUGGCUGCUUACUGGUCCAAAGUACUGGGAAAAAAGAUCAUGACUGCGUACCAGUGCUCCAGCCGAGGUGGGAAGCUGGAGCUUGAAGUGAGAGAUGAUGGCAGAGUCAACAUUAGUGGAAAAGUUACCAGCAUACUACAGGGAACUAUCAGACUGUAGGCAAUAAGAAAAAAACAUGCUCAGACUGUCAAUGAGAUGAUUAAAAAGAAAAAACCAACAACAAAAAAUGGACUCCUACAUUAACUGCUUCAUCUAUACAAGAAAUAUUAAAAAAAAUCCCAACAAA